CAGCACCUGAAUUUAAUUUCCUCAGGUACAAGUGAGCAUGGUCCAGUGCUGUGAGGACUUCCCAGGAGGACAAACUGACUGUACCAACAUCCACCUCAUCCCAGAGACAAGAAUAGUAGAGCCUAACGUGGACCAGAACUUCACUCUCAUUCACCCGACACUCUACCCUUACAACAGACGAGGAGAAUGUCUACUGGGAGUGCAUUACAUGUCGUCAUGUAACCGGUCAAAGGAGGCGCUACAACACAUAGCCUUCGACACGGCUCUCAGCGAACAAAACGUCAAAUGCAGCAUGGUCAGAGGCUUCCCAGGCUACAUUGUAGAACGUCCACCCUGCAACUCCUAUGACGAAGACGCUCUGAACAACUGCAAAAUGGUUGACUGUCACAUGAAGUACUUCGGGCUGCGGAGUUUCUUCAACAAAGCAUCCAGAGUUUGUGAGCCUGUCCCAGCGUGUCUGCCUAGCAAAAGACGAGGCAUGCCAGACGUUGUGUACGAUGUGGCCAGCAACCAAUGUACUGACAUGAACAGCUGUUUGGAUGAAGAGGAUCUUCAGCAUCUGGCUCACGCUGAUCUAGAACCGGACUGCUUCCCUUACUCCAACAGUAGGAUGGCGUAUCUGGAUUGUCAUCGUGGGGCACUCAGCAAUGUUUCUGGAGAAUGUGAGUGUGAGCCAGAAUUCCAGUCGGCAGAGAUGCCAGACGAGCCAGGUAAUCCUCGGACCCAGAUCUUCCAUUCCUGCAACAUCGACACGUCCUGCUGGGCGCUCUCUCGUCUCCUCUCACCGCCUGACACUCAAAUGAUGGUCAUCGCUUUUAUUCUCGCACUGGUUGUGGCAAUCAUGUCCUUGGUUAUAGUUCAUCCUUACUGACGAAACCAGUAACUUUGCUUCCCUUACAACAAUCCUUGGCCAAUUCAUAAUGGUUUUAGUGCCAUUGCAGACUUUGUCUUUUCAGUUCCAAUUUUAUAGUGAGUUUUAUUUUGGUUUGACUCAUAUUUGCUGAUAAAUUUGUGCAUACAUGAGCUCUGACCAUGAAUUUCAAUAUUAACAAACACUAUUUGAAACUGUAGUUUCCAAUCAUAAUCUUAUGUUAAAGAUUUCUGAAUUUGGAAACAUUCAUAUAAUUUUUAUAUUAUCGUGGAGAAGGUUUCAAUACUUUAUGUGUAAAUUGGCAUAAAUUACUCAUUUUGAUGGUGUAAAUACAGUAAUUGCUUUAUCUUUUUUUGUAGUUAGCAUUUUUAUGCUUACUGUAAGGUAACAGUCAAAAUCCUAGUUCAUCAUUGACUUUAGCAGCUUCAAGAGACAUCCUAUCCAAGAGGACCUUCAAUUACUAGAUUUUAACUCAAAGAAAACAAAGCUACCA